GAUGGUGUAGUCCUGGGAGCAGAUACGAGGGCGACUGAAGGAAUGGUUGUUGCUGACAAGAACUGUUCAAAAAUACACUUCAUUUCCCCUAAUAUCUAUUGUUGUGGUGCUGGAACAGCUGCAGAUACUGAUAUGACAACUCAGCUGAUUUCUUCCAAUCUGGAGCUCCAUUCACUGUCUACUGGGCGACUUCCGAGAGUUGUCACAGCUAAUCGGAUGCUAAAGCAAAUGCUUUUCAGGUAUCAGGGCUACAUUGGAGCUGCCCUGGUUUUAGGAGGAGUCGAUGUGACGGGACCUCACCUCUACAGCAUAUAUCCCCACGGAUCAACAGACAAAUUGCCUUACGUUACCAUGGGUUCUGGAUCAUUAGCAGCUAUGGCAGUAUUUGAAGACAAAUACAAACUGGACAUGGAGGAGGAGGAGGCCAAGCAGCUCGUCAGAGAUGCCAUCGCGGCCGGCAUCUACAACGACCUGGGCUCAGGCAGCAACAUCGACAUCUGCGUGAUCAGCAAGAGCAAGCUGGAUUUCCUCCGUCCGUACGAUGUGGCCAACAGAAAGGGGGACAGGUACGGCAGGUACAAGUGCGAGAAAGGAACCACUGCUGUUCUCACGGAAAACGUCGCACUCCUGGAAAUUGAGGUGCUGGAUGAAACCGUACAAACCAUGGACACGUCCUGAGCCGUC